AUAUGGAGUUCUAUGAAGAAUUUGCAGUGCAUGCUUACAAUUAAUGUCUUCAGGCUUGGAUUUGGUAAAAGGAAUCAAACUUUUUAGCGCUUUACUUUGGACAGUGCUUCUUAUCUACCUAGGCAGUGUCACAGCUUGCUUCUACAUUCUUUUGCAAUUUCUCAAGCUCUCACCUCAAGAGUCUUCACAAGAUCCCAUCUACCAUGUUCUGUUGCAGCAUUCUAGCAAGGAUGGCGUAGAACAGAAGAAGCAGCAUUUUCCUGUUAUAAUUGCUAGAAUCGCUUUCAUUGUUUUGGGUGGUUUGAUGCUGGCGACUCUUCUCUACACUAUCUUCACCGACGGUAGCCCUUUCUGGAAAGAACUUUUAACUCCGGUCAUCAAACUCUUUUCAACAUCUUGGGAGGAAUGAAUCCGGAGGCCCCUGUGAAAGCAUAGAUAAUGCACGGUCACAACAUAAAUAGCCUAGACGAACCCUCAUAUAGUAUGUGCUUUUUUGGCAGCUUAUCUGUUAGGCCACUAAAAUUUUUUCCCAUGAUAGUCAUCUAUUAGAGAGAUCAACAUUAGACUGCAUGAACUUUUAACUUCAUUCAACUGAUGGAGACCCACAAAUGGGCGAGCUUUUCACUGCAGGGAAUAAUAAGUGAAGAGCAAGUGGAUUGCUUCAACAUGCCAUUGUAUCCUGCGUCUCCGGCGGAGAUUGCACGGCUAGUCAAAAUGGCCGGUAGUUUUCACAUAGAGACGAUGGAGCUGCUCAACACCCAAACGAGGUAUGAUGGUGGAGUCCAUGCGUAGGAUAUUGUGAU